CUGCUGCUGGCCGUGUCCGCCGGCAUGGCGGUGUGGGGCAUGCUGGCGCUGGACGAGCAGCUGGUGGCGGCGGGCUGGGGGGCGCUGGGGCAGCUGAGGGCGCACGGACAGGCGGUGGUGGACGGGCUGGAGGACAUACGGGGCAACCUGAGUCGCGCCCUGCCGCAGCAGCUGAACACCAGCCUGACCUCACUGGCGGGGCUGCUGGCGCCGGGGGAGCUGGCGGGGAGUGCGGAGGCCGUCGCCAACUACACCUCCUCCAGCCAGCCAGCUGUGGCCAGCCUGCUCUCCACCGCCACCGCCCUCCAGUCCGCCCUGGCCAGCCAGCUGCUCCCGGGGCUAGCCAACCUCUCAGCACAGCUAACCACCACCACCACCACCACCACCACGAACAGCAGCAGCAGCACAGCGCCACCCGCCUCCUCCUCCUCCUCGUACGGCAC